GAUGCCUGCCGCGCCGACAGCUGCGCCUGCGCAUCAAUUUGGACCGGGCCGGGCCGGGCCGAACCGGAGCCCGCGGAGCCGGAGCCGGACAGUGGCCGCCUGGGGACACGUGCGGCCAUGGGCCUGACGGCCAGCGCGGAGCAGCCUGAGGGCGGCGCGGAGGGAUUCCACCUGCACGGGGUUCAGGAGAACUCUCCGGCUCAGCAGGCCGGCUUGGAGCCGUUCUUUGAUUUCAUCAUCACCAUUGGCCAUUCGAGGCUGCUUUGGGGGACCCCUCCCCCUGUCUCUCCCCAACAACAGAACAAGGAGAGCAGCACCCUGAAGGACCUGCUGAAGGCCAACAUGGAGAAGCCGGUGAAGCUGGAGGUGUACAGCAUCAAGACCCUGAGGGUGCGCGAGGUGGAGGUGGUGCCCAGCAACAUGUGGGGAGGCCAGGGCCUGCUGGGGGCCAGUGUGCGCUUCUGCAGCUUCCAGAGGGCCAACGAGCACGUGUGGCACGUUCUGGACGUGGAGCCUUCGUCCCCUGCAGCCCUAGCUGGGCUUCAGCCGUACACCGACUAUGUGGUUGGCUCUGACCAGAUUCUCCAGGAGUCAGAGGACUUCUUCACACUCAUUGAGUCCCACGAGGGGAAGCCCUUGAAGCUGAUGGUUUAUAACUCUGAGACCGACUUGUGCCGUGAGGUGGUCGUGACUCCCAAUGGCGCCUGGGGUGGAGAAGGAAGUCUAGGAUGUGGAAUCGGAUAUGGCUAUUUGCACCGAAUCCCGACGGUCAGCCUAAAGAAGCCCCUGGACGCUACUCCGCCCGUGGCCCUCCCCACUGAAACCCUGUCAUCCAGCCCAGGCCAGGGAGGCUACACAGAGGCUUCGCUGCAGGCACCAGAUUCCCCAUUUGAUGAGGCCGUGCAUGUCCUCGAUGUGGACCAGUCCUCAGCCUCAAGCAGGGAUGCUUAUUCUGUGGAGACGUCGCUUCAGCCACCUCCCCCUGUCCAGCGAGUCAUGGACCCAGGGUUUCUUGAUGUUUCAGGUAUUGCCCUUUUGGACACCACUGAUGUCACACCCCUGCCCAACACAACUUCCUCUGUCUCCCUCCACUCUUUGGGGGAGUCUGUGAUGGGAACUGAGGGUGUCCUCCCCGGCAGAGAGCCACCUGUAUACAAAGAUGAAGCCACAGGGCUUGGGUCAGACCCUGAGGGCUCUGUCCCGGAUGGCUCAGGGCCACAUGUGCAGCAGCCGGAUUCUUGCUCACCUGUGACCCUUCCCAACGACAUCUGCUCCAGCGCAGCGCUCGAGACCGAUGAAGCCCCCGACCUCCUCCUGGCCCGGGCCGAGGUGCCGCCUGCUGGGGAGAGCAGGGUGCAAGCCGAAUCAGAGGGGGCAGGCACCACCCUCAAGUAACACAUCUGCACUGCCGGUCCCUUGCCCCUGGAAGGCUCCCCUUGGCUUCAUGUCCUCCCGGAUGUCCCCACGCCUGCCUGAUCGGAUACCAGCGACCUCUGGUGACCACAGUUCUCUCUCUAGAUUUGGAGACUGACGGUGUGUACGGUCAGGAGCCUCUGGCUCCCAGGGCUGUCCAUAGCUCCAACUUGGCUUCUCUGCUGACCUUUGGAGCCUUGGGCCUUAACACAUGGUGAAGGAGACAUGGACUUUGUGCAGUCAGAGCCCCUUGACUGAGCUCCUGGAUCUCUGGGGUAGGAAAACAAGUGAGAUCCUUCCAGGCCCUUCCUGGGAGGCUCCCCUGAGCCAGAUAGCAGGGAGCAUGAGAAGCCUGGCUUAGCUCUGGUGUCAGCUUUCUUCCAUCAUUGUGGCUCGGGAGGCAAUUCUGAGCAGCUGGCCCACGGGGAAGGGCCUGGACAAGCAAGCAGCAGGUUGCUGAUGAGCUGUGGGGCCUUCAGGAGCCACGGGUUUGGGGGGAUCCCCAGGCGCCCCAGGGCAAGGAUGCCCAGGUGGGACUGUCCUCAGGGGCUGCUCUUGUCUCACAAGGAGGCUUACUGUCAUUCGGUCUGGGUCUAGAUUGAUUAUAUAUAGAGAGUAAUAGAGGCAAAGACCCCUGGGGGGGGGAUGGGCUACACAGUGCAGUUGUUAGGAGCAGGGAAAGGGGGACCCUGGUGCGGGACGUGGGGUGGGGCUGGCCCACGCUGUCGGGGUGACACCAGUGGGUGUUCUUGGGACAUGAAGGAUGUAGCGGUGGGAUUUGGGGGAGGGCUCAGUCCUCUGUUCUCCCCUGGUCCGAGCAGCACAGCUGAGCCUCAUGCCGCCCCCAGUGGCUCAUGUUUUUGUGAUUCCCACUUCUGGGGCGGACUGUGUGUGGUGAUGGUUAACACUAAUCUGAUGCUGGGUGGGUUCCUUGGCCUUUUGAUAAAGAUGUUCAAUUUGC